AUGCCCAUGGAAGCCGCGGCUAAAAGUAAUCUGAAGAAGGUGUCUCUGGAGUUGGGUGGCAAGUCUCCACAGUUAGUCUUCGAGUCCGAUUGCACGGCAGGAUCCUGUUUGUAUGUUCAGGACACGAUUUACGAUAAGUUUCUCUCUCUCCUGGUUGCCAAAGCCCAGGAGCUCGUGAUCGGCAAUGGCUUCGACGAGAAGAGUGGCGGUGGGCCGGUGAUGUCGAAAACUCAAUUCGACAAGCUGGCUCUCGGUGGCCAAAAGCGUCCAGGCAAGGGUUUCUUUGUCGGCCCUACAAUUUUCACGGACAUUGACACGAAGAUGGAUAUUGGAAGAGCCAAAGCUUUCCCUCAGAAGGAGGCCAUUUCUCUGGCCAAUGACACAUCUUACGGCCUCGGUGCUGGUUUGCACUCCAAUGUCUUCGAAAUAUCAACUGAUGCAAAUCAAUGUAUGCGCGUCUCGUCUGCUCUUGAAGCUGGAACGGUCUGGGUCAAUCAGUACAAUUUACUGAACAUCAAUAUCCCCUUUCGGGGGAAAAAAGCAGACUAUGCCCUUAAUCAGUAUGCUUCGGUCAAGGCUGUUCACUGGAACUUCGGAGAGAAGCUCGAUUGGCCACUGUAG